AAAAGAAAAAAUAAAGAAAGGCCUUUUCUCUGUAUAGCUAGUUCCUUCGCAAGUGUCUCUCCUUGCAGAGCCCGCUUUCGCUUCUCUCCCAUUUUAUUUAUCCCUCUAACUCACUGUUUCCUGUUGUAAUUUUAUUUUCGAUUAUCUGCUUUCGAUUCUCAGAUUUGCCGAUCGAACGGCCUAUAUCGCUUCACUCAUGACUAUGAUGACUCCUCCACCGUUAGAUCAAGAAGACGAAGAGAUGCUCGUGCCACAUUCAGAUUUGGUUGAAGGUCCACAGCCUAUGGAAGUGGCACAAGUCGAACCAGCUAGUACUGUGGAGAAUCAACCUGUGGAGGAUCCUCCGUCUAUGAAAUUCACAUGGACAAUUGAGAAUUUCUCUAGGCUGAACACAAAGAAGCACUAUUCUGAUGUAUUCGUUGUUGGCGGCUACAAAUGGCGGAUACUGAUUUUUCCCAAGGGUAACAAUGUGGACCACUUGUCUAUGUAUUUGGAUGUUUCAGAUUCGUCUACCUUGCCAUAUGGAUGGAGUAGAUAUGCACAAUUCAGCUUGGCUGUGGUUAAUCAAAUCCAUAAUAAGUACUCAAUUAGGAAAGAUACACAACAUCAAUUCAAUGCAAGAGAGAGUGACUGGGGUUUCACAUCAUUUAUGCCCCUUAGUGAUCUCUAUGAUCCUAGUAGAGGAUAUCUUGUGAAUGAUACAGUUAUUGUUGAAGCUGAAGUUGCUGUUCGCAAGGUUCUGGAUUAUUGGUCAUACGACUCCAAAAAGGAGACUGGUUAUGUGGGAUUGAAAAACCAAGGAGCGACAUGUUACAUGAACUCUCUCUUGCAGACUCUUUACCAUAUUCCUUACUUUAGAAAGGCUGUCUACCACAUGCCGACAACCGAGAAUGACAUGCCUACAGGAAGCAUUCCUUUGGCUCUGCAAAGUUUAUUCUAUAAGCUUCAAUAUAAUGACACCAGUGUUGCUACAAAAGAAUUAACCAAAUCUUUUGGAUGGGAUACAUACGAUUCCUUCAUGCAACAUGACGUGCAAGAACUUAAUAGGGUCCUGUGCGAGAAGCUAGAAGAUAAGAUGAAGGGAACUGUUGUGGAGGGGACGAUACAGCAGUUAUUUGAGGGCCACCAUAUGAAUUACAUUGAGUGCAUCAAUGUUGAUUAUAAAUCCACAAGGAAGGAGUCAUUUUAUGAUCUCCAGCUUGAUGUGAAAGGUUGUCGGGAUGUUUAUGCUUCCUUUGACAGGUAUGUUGAAGUUGAACGACUUGAGGGUGAUAAUAAAUACCAUGCCGAAGAACAUGGUCUGCAGGAUGCUAAGAAGGGUGUCUUGUUUAUUGAUUUCCCCCCUGUACUUCAACUCCAAUUAAAGCGGUUCGAGUAUGACUUUAUGCGAGACACUAUGGUGAAGAUCAAUGAUCGUUAUGAGUUCCCUCUUCAACUUGACCUUGAUAGAGAGAAUGGAAAAUAUUUAUCACCAGAAGCAGACCGGAGUGUUCGUAAUCUUUACACACUUCACAGUGUCUUGGUUCAUAGUGGAGGAGUGCAUGGUGGACAUUAUUAUGCUUUUAUCCGACCAACUCUUUCUGACCAGUGGUUCAAAUUUGAUGAUGAGCGGGUGACAAAAGAGGAUAUGAAAAGGGCGUUAGAAGAGCAGUAUGGUGGCGAGGAGGAGCUACAACAGACCAAUCCUGGUUUUAAUAAUGCUCCAUUUAAGUUCACAAAAUACUCAAAUGCAUACAUGCUUGUAUAUAUUCGUGAAAGUGACAAAGACAAGAUCAUUUGUAAUGUUGAUGAAAAAGACAUUGCUGAACACCUGAGGAUUAGGUUGAAGAAAGAACAAGAAGAGAAGGAAGAUAAGAGAAGAUAUAAAGCACAAGCCCACCUCUAUACCAUCAUAAAGGUGGCACGGGAUGAGGAUCUCAAAGAGCAGAUUGGAAGGGACAUAUAUUUUGACCUUGUGGAUCAUGAUAAAGUCCGUAAUUUCCGUAUCCAGAAGCAGACACCUUUUAAUCUUUUUAAGGAGGAGGUUGCAAAAGAAUUUGGAAUACCAGUACAAUUUCAGCGAUUUUGGAUAUGGGCAAAGCGUCAAAAUCAUACAUAUCGUCCCAAUCGACCACUGACACCCCAGGAGGAAGCACAAUCAGUUGGACAACUGAGGGAGGCGUCAAAUAAAGCACACAGUGCAGAAUUGAAGUUGUUCUUGGAAGUAGAGCUUGGGCUGGAUUUACGACCCAUUGCUCCUCCUGACAAAACUAAAGAAGAUAUUCUUCUUUUCUUCAAGCUUUAUGUUCCUGAGAAAGGAGAGUUACGGUACAUUGGCAGACUAUUUGUGAAGAGUUCUGGUAAGCCUAUAGAAAUUUUGGCAAAGCUUAAUGAAAUGGCUGGUUUUGCAACUGAUGAAGAGAUUGAACUAUAUGAGGAGAUAAAGUUUGAGCCCUGCGUAAUGUGUGAACACCUAGACAAGAGGACCUCAUUUCGAUUAAGUCAGAUUGAGGAUGGGGACAUUAUUUGCUUUCAGAAAUCUCCUCCUCUUGAGGUUGAAGAAGAUUGCAAAUACCCAGAUGUGCCUUCAUUUUUGGAAUAUGUGCACAAUCGGCAAGUAGUUCAUUUUCGAUCUCUGGAGAAACCAAAGGAGGAUGAUUUUUGUCUAGAGUUGUCGAAGCUACACACUUAUGAUGAUGUUGUGGAAAAAGUGGCUCAACAAAUUGGUUUAGAUGAUCCAUCCAAAAUUAGGUUAACAUCACACAACUGCUAUUCUCAGCAGCCGAAGCCCCAACCAAUUAAAUAUCGAGGAGUUGAGCAUCUAUCGGAUAUGUUAGUUCAUUACAAUCAGACAUCUGACAUUUUGUAUUAUGAAGUUCUGGACAUUCCUCUUCCAGAAUUGCAAGGUCUCAAAAAUCUGAAAGUUGCUUUCCAUCAUGCCACUAAAGACGAGGUGGUAAUUCAUAAUAUUCGAUUGCCUAAACAGAGCACUGUAGGGGAUGUAAUUAAUGAACUCAAAGCAAAGGUAGAGUUGUCUCACCCGAAUGCAGAACUUCGACUUCUUGAAGUUUUCUAUCACAAGAUUUACAAGAUCUUUCCUCCAAAUGAAAAAAUCGAGAAUAUAAAUGAUCAGUACUGGACAUUGCGAGCAGAGGAGGUCCCAGAAGAAGAGAAGAAUCUUGGUCCUCAUGAUCGCUUGAUUCAUGUUUACCACUUUGCGAAGGAGACUGCUCAGAAUCAGCUGCAAGUGCAGAAUUUUGGUGAACCAUUUUUCUUGGUCAUCCAUGAAGGUGAAACUUUAUCUGAUGUUAAAGUGCGCAUACAGAACAAGUUACAGGUUCCAGAUGAGGAAUUUGCUAAAUGGAAAUUUGCAUUUUUAUCACUAGGUCGUCCAGAGUACUUGCAGGAUUCCGACAUAGUGUUCACCCGUUUUCAGAGGAGAGAUGUUUAUGGUGCUUGGGAGCAGUACCUUGGGUUAGAGCAUUCUGACAACACACCUAAGAGGUCAUAUGCAGUAAACCAGAACCGUCAUACAUAUGAGAAACCAGUUAAAAUAUACAAUUAGGGAAGAGCUGAUGAUCCUCCACCUGCACGUUAUGUUGAAUUUGGGACCACGCCAUAAUUUAUUUCAGAAAUUCAGAAGACAAAUGAGCGGCAUUCUGAAGGGAGCAAAUGAAGCUCGAAAAGUGAAAGUGAUCUGUAGGGUUAGGUAAUUGGUUUUGUAGGAUAUCUGUUUUCCCUAUUCAUGCAGGUGGGGAAGGGGAGAGGAUGUGUAUCGUGCUUUUAUUGUUGAUACAACUGUGCUUGGGCUCCUCUUCUUUGCUUGCCUCGUACAUCGCAUUUAGAGACUGGUGGUUUUACCAAUAUACAGCUCCAGUGUAAUUUAGCAGUACAUAACAGGAUUUUGACUAGGGGAUGUAUACCGGGUAUAGUUGGUUGCGUUUGAUCUUUUCUAUUGUUUUGCUUUUUAUCUGCCGUUGUCUUUUGGGGAAGGGGGAUGAUGGGCUUGUAAAAUCUUGGGAUAUCAUGGAUUCGUGUAAAGGAGUUGUAAUGCUUCACAGUCCAGAUUGGCUUUUUUUUUUUUUUAAAAACGCCUCCACUUGCUCUACAGAAUGCUGGUUCCCAUUUGUUUUCAUAGAUCUUGUUCAAAAAAAUAUGGUAACAGCUUUGAUA